AUGUCUCUCCUCAACCUCAUCACUUCCUGUACAUCUCUCCUCAACCUCAUAAUUUCCUGUACAUCUACCCACAACCUCAUCACUUCCUGGACACCUCCCCUCAACCUCAUUCCACCCUGUACAUCUACCCUCAACCUCAUUCCUCCCAGUACAUCUACCCUCAACCUCAUUCCACCCUGUACAUCUACCCUCAACCUCAUUCCUCCCAGUACAUCUACCCUCAACCUCUUUACUCCCAGUACAUCUACCCUUAACCUCAUUCCUCCCAGUACAUCUACCCUCAAUCUCAUUACUCCCUGUACAUCUACCCUCAACCUCAUUCCUCCCUGUACAUCUACCCUCAACCGCAUUCCUCCCAGAACAUCUACCCUCAACCUCAUUACUCUCUGUACAUCUACCCUCAACCUCAUUCCACCCAGUACAUCUACCCUCAACCUCAUUCCUCCCAGUACAUCUACCCUCAACCUCAUUCCACCCUGUACAUCUACCCUCAACCUCAUUCCACCCUGUACAUCUACCCUCAACCUCAUUCCACCCUGUACAUCUACCCUCAACCUCAUUCCUCCCAGUACAUCUACCCUCAACCUCAUUCCUCCCUGUACAUCUAACCUCAACCUCAUUCCUCCCAGUACAUCUACCCUCAACCUCAUUCCUCCCAGUACAUCUACCCUCAACCUCAUUCAUCCCUGUACAUCUACCCUCAACCUCAUUACUCCCUGUACAUCUCCCCACAGCUACAACCCUCCAAGUACAUCUCCCCUCGGCCACAUCCCUCUCUGUACACUUCUCUUCAGUCACAUCACUCCCUGUACAUCUCUCCUCAACCUCAUCACUCCAUGUAUCUGUACACAUGGAUAUUCAUAA